AUGGAUGCGGGAGCUUUUACCUUUUACUUCGUGUGUGUGGGUGCCCUCUGGCGGCAUGUCGUGUCGCUGCUUUUAUUAGUGCGCGGGGCUUAUCGCUAUAGUUCGGUCGUGCAACAUAAACUGAGCCUUACGGCUUUCCGCAGCCUCCUACGUAGUGAGCGAGUGCGGAGCCGUUCAUUGGUUCAGCGAGUAGCUGCGCGGACUGGUUUAGCUAGAGCUGGUCGCACGUGUGCCGGUCGCUACGCCGCUCUCUACAGUGAUGCAACCAACGCAGACCUCGAUUAA